AUGGGCGCCGAAUGUGGCAGCACUACUUCCAUAUUUCCCUAUUCCGCUGCCAUGUCUGCGUAUAUGGAUGCCACCGCACGACCGGAGCACGCGCAGGCUGCCCGCACCCUAAGCGCUCAUCUCCAAGCGGACGAAGGAGCCGAGUACGAUCUCGUCAUUGAGAUUGACCUCUCAACGCUGGAGCCCCACAUCAAUGGCCCCUUCACUCCUGGCCUUUCGACCCCUCUUUCCAAGUUUGGAGAGGCCGCGAAGGAAGCAGAGUGGCCAGAGAAGCUGACAACAGGUCUGAUUGGGUCAUGUACCAACUCUUCGUUCGAAGACAUGACGCGGGCAGCCAACUUGGCGCAGCAGGCGUUGGCCGCGGGGUUGGCUCCUAAAAUGCCACUUCUCGUUUCGCCCGGUAGCGAACAGACGCGAGCUACACUCAAGGCUUCUGGGACGAUGCAGAUCUUCGAGAGUCUCGGCAGCACGAUGUUGACGAACGCCUGUGGGCCGUGCUGUGGUUCCUGGGAUCGCCAAGAUGUGAAGAAGGGCACCAAAAACUCCAUUAUUACCUCCUAUAACCGCAAUUUCACCGGCCGCCUCGACUCAAACCCCGCAACCCACGUCUUCCUCUCCUCCCCGGAAAUCGUCAUGGCAAAAAUCUUCUCCAACGACCUUACUUUCGACCCCACAAGGGAUACCAUCCCUCUUCCCGACGGCUCCGAGUUCCGAUUCCGGCCUCCGCAUGCAGAAAGUCUCCCGCCCCGGGGCUACGAGAACGCGGACGCGGUGUAUACCGCACCACCCACCGAGGGCCGUGAGGAGGUCGCCGUGCAAAUUUCGCCUGCGUCUGAGCGUUUGCAGCGGUUGAAGCCUUUUUCACCAUGGUUUGGCAAGGACUUUACGGAUUGCGUCGUGCUUAUCAAAGUCAAGGGGAAGUGUACAACGGAUCAUAUUACGCCGGCUGGACCGUGGUUUCGUUUCCGCGGUCACUUGGAGAAUAUUUCCAACAACACGCUUAUCGGCGCCGUCAACGCUGAAAAUGACAAGGUCAACAUGGUGGAGAACUGGCUCACCGGAGAAGUGAACGGCGUGCCGGACACUGCGCGGGCGUACAAGGCGGUCUCGCAGCCCUGGGUGGUUAUUGGCGAUCACAACUAUGGCGAGGGUUCCUCGCGCGAACACGCUGCGCUCCAACCGCGCUUCCUAGGCGGCGUUGCCGUCAUCGCCAAGAGCUUCGCACGCAUUCACCAGUCGAACCUCAAGAAGCAAGGGAUGUUAGCCCUGACAUUCGCUAAAGAGGCAGACUAUGAUAAGAUUAAGUCAUCUGAUCGUAUUAGUAUCCAUGGCCUUGCUGGGCUGACACCGGGUAAGAAGUUGGCCAUACGAGUAGCUCCGACGGAUGGUCGCGCGGCUUGGGAGACGGAGGUUGCGCAUACCUUUACGGCAGAGGAGGUGGAGUAUUUCAAGGCUGGUAGUGCACUGAACUUGAUGGCUAAUCGAAAGGCGGCCCGCACGGCGUGA